ACAACAAUGCUGGUGGAAUCAGAGCUUCUCCUAGUGGUCGUGGGUUUUAUGAUUGCGUUCAUGCUUGCCUUCGGUCUUGGUGCGAAUGACGUGGCGAAUUCCUUCGGUACUAGCGUUGGUUCCAAAGUAUUAACCCUUCGUUUGGCGUGCAUAUUGGCGACGAUCUGUGAAAUUUCUGGCUCUGUGCUCCUGGGCGGCCACGUGUCGGCAACUGUUCGUGGGGGCAUUAUUGAUCCAACACGUUUUAACGGGACCGCAGAUGGUCCGAUGAGGUUGAUGCAAGGCCAAGUUUCCUCCCUUUGUGGAGCAUGCUUGUGGAUGCUACUGGCAACUUUUCUCAAAAUUCCUGUUUCUGCCACGCACAGUAUUGUCGGGGCAACUGCAGGAUUUGGUCUUGUGCUCUUUGGUUUUCAAGGUGUCCAAUGGAUGGGAAUACUCAAAAUUGGUAAUACCUCGAAACUUAUUAUCUCUUGGUUUGCCUCCCCAAUUUUAAGUGGUUUUGUCUCCGGCUGCUUGUUCCUUAUUAUCCAAAUAGUAGUUUUGAAAAAGGAACAAUCGCUUGAGCCGGCUUUAAAUACACUCCCCUUUCUCUACGGCAUAACAAUAAUAAUCAAUGUCUUUUCAGUACUUUAUGGCGGCCUUCAUCGC